CAUUUAGGCUACCGUCGAUACAUUAUUGAUAACUGGUCAACAGUAACUUGACGCUAACGUUACAUGAGGAAGAGAGAACAUAUAAUUACAGUAGCUUCGGGUCGGAUAUGGUCCCAAGUCUAAAGUUUUCAGCCUCCGCAAACAUUGUAGCGUUGGACAAAAAAAAAAAAAGGAUUUAAAGUCUAAAUCACCGUCAGGUCUGUUUCUUGGCUGGCUUUCGUUUAGACUUCAUUUCUGGGAGCUAGAAACUUUGACCAAGAUGCAGCAGGAACCACUGGCUUUGCUUCCUCUGAGAUGGAGAUGGAGAUGAGCCGAGGCGCCACCACUGAGUCUGCACGCACCCCAUCAGCGUCCUCAGCGUGAGUCCACAUCAGCUGCCCGUCUCUGCGAUCGUCAAUAUUUGCAUCCUAACAUGGCCAUCGUUCCUCCUGGGAUCCGCCUGCUGGUGUCCUUCGACAGGGACCAAUGGUACAGAGCUCUCACAUUCAUCCUCACCUUCCUGCUCUACACCAGCUUCCACCUCUCAAGGAAACCCAUUAGCAUCGUCAAGAGCGAGCUUCAUAAGAACUGCUCAUCUGUCAAUGAGCUAGCCACUAUCGCCUCCAGCAGCAGCAGCAGUGGCAGUGGCAGUGGGCAGCCGCCCUCCGUGCCGUCUCUCCACACCGACAUGGACUGUAGCUGGAAGCCUUUUGAUAAAAGGAACUACAAACAGCUACUGGGAGCCAUGGACUACUCCUUCCUCUGUGCCUAUGCAGUGGGAAUGUACCUCAGCGGCAUCAUCGGGGAGCGCCUGCCCAUUCGCCUGUACCUGACGGUCGGCAUGCUGACCAGCGGCCUGUUCACCUGCCUGUUUGGACUAGGCUACGUCUACAACAUCCACAACCUGGGGUUCUAUAUAUUUGUCCAGGUGGCCAACGGCUUGGUCCAAACCACUGGCUGGCCCAGUGUGGUGACCUGCAUCAGCAACUGGUUUGGAAAGGGAAGGCGUGGACUCGUCAUGGGGCUGUGGAACUCUCACACCUCAGUUGGAAACAUCCUGGGCUCUCUGAUCGCCGGCUACUGGGUCUCCUCCAACUGGGGCAUGUCCUUCAUCGUACCGGGGAUCAUCAUCGCAGUCAUGGGCGUCGUCUGCUUCUUCUUCCUUAUUGAGCAUCCAAAUGACCUGAAAAGCAUGUAUGCUCAAAGUUCUUCUCCAGGCAAGAGUCAGGUUCAAACCAAGAGUUGGACCGGUGAGAAUGGACACACAGAGAUGUAUAUGCAAUACAAAGACAACAGAACUCAGAGUUACGACACGGAGCUGCUGUUGCCCAGGGACAGUGUGUGUGUCCCCGCGCAGCCUGUCGUGGUGGUGAAGAGGGAGUCCGAGCCGUCUGCCAUCAGCUUCAUGGGAGCGCUGCGCAUACCCGGAGUGAUCGAGUUCUCUCUGUGUCUGCUGUUUGCCAAGCUGGUCAGCUACACCUUCCUCUUCUGGCUGCCGCUCUACAUCACCAAAGCAGCUCACCUCGAUGCCAAGAAGGCUGGAGAUCUCUCCACCCUGUUUGAUGUGGGAGGAAUAGUGGGGGGGAUCUUGGCAGGAGUGAUCUCUGAUAAACUGGCGAAGAGAGCCACCACCUGUGCAGUCAUGUUGCUGCUAGCUGCUCCUACACUGUAUGGCUUCUCCAUGAUCAGCGAGUUUGGUUUGGGGCCAACCAUCGGCAUGCUGUUGGUGUGUGGAUGCCUAGUCAAUGGACCGUACUCCCUCAUCACAACUGCAGUGUCUGCUGAUUUGGGGACCCACAAGAGCCUGAAAGGCAACGCCAGAGCCUUGUCUACUGUCACUGCCAUCAUCGAUGGCACAGGCUCUGUAGGCGCCGCGCUGGGCCCCCUGCUAGCUGGGCUGUUGUCUGCAGGCGGCUGGGAUCGGGUCUUCUACAUGCUGAUGACGGCUGACUUCCUUGCUCUGUUGCUCUUGCUCCGGCUCGUGACAAAAGAACUGACUUCCACUAAAUCCCGUCCCAUCUCCGCUGUAGAGUUGAAGGAGCACUGACCUCUCUUUAAAUGCACUGCCUCCACAUAGGAACACACACACACACACACACACACACACACACACACACACACACACACACACACACACACACACACACACACACACACACAGUGUAUUGAAACCACUUGUCUAAGCCUGAAAUGGACUGUGGCUCUGACAAUAACUGGACUCUCCCUGACAUGAGACAUUUACCACGCACAAACACACACAUGCACAUGUUAAUAAAACGUGUGUGCACACAGUGGUACGCCAGCUGCAGCAGUUCACUGUAAUUAAGACUGUACUUGCGUCCCUGAGGAAGAGCUGAAGCUGAAGUUCUGGCUGGUGAACCAAAAGGAACUGCAGCAGAUUUCAGCCUGGAGGCUUCAUCUGCACAUACUGUACUCGCACACGGAAAUGUACACAUACUCAACUUCCUUGCCGCUUUCUCUCAUCUUCCUCUAUCUAUUUUCAAUGGGAGCCAAUUUGAGCUUGAACACACUACCUGCUCGUUCUACUCUGAGGAUUGGCAGAUGUAUGAAACUAGCCUUACUUUGACAUGUGUAUUAAGCGACCAGAGCUAUUUAUUUUAGAUAGCAAUCUUUGAAACAGCAACUUCCAUUUCUGUAGUUGUCCUCCUUUUCUUAUCCUCAUAAGCUCACCAAACAAUGACCUAACCAUAACAGUCAAGUUUAUAUUUAAUCCUAACUAUCUGAACUAUUAUACCUAAGGGAGUAUUGUAAUUGUAUACCCAAACCCACAGCUUUCCAGUGUGGCCUUGGUGGCAUCUACCCUGGCUUUAGUCCUUUGAAUCAUGUUGUGCUCAUUGGCGACUUGGAAAAAAAACAACAUCCCAUCAGAGCUUUCAGGAGGGAUUAAGAAUGGGGUCGUCAGAAUUGGGUUUCUUUGCCAGACCCGAAAAAAAUGGCAACAGCAAAUUUGCCACAAAAAGUAUCCGUGUGUAGGCUGUUUUUGGGAAAGAUGUUAACUCCUCCUAGCAACCGCCAUCGCAGCUUCCAUGUUGCCAAACACUGACUUAAGAUGGACAGAACGCUCACUAAUGAUUGGUUAGGGCAAAAAUAACCACCUCUCAUCUGAAAAUUGUUUUCAUGAGCAUAAUGUCAGACAGAAUUGAAUGAACUUAAAGGACAAUUCCGGCGCAAAAUGAACCUAGGGAUUAAUAACAUAUGUGUACCGAGUCGACCGUUC